CCAUUUUUCAAAAUUACAGUUUUGUUUACAAUCUGCAAACGGAUUUUCGGCUUCUAUCUUGAUAACAAUCUUCGAAAUUUUAACAAGAAUGUCCUUUAAAGAAGCUUUAGCAACUCCUAAUGAGGUUAUCACGGUUCUUGCUAGCGCCGAAGACGAAGAAGUCCUAGGAAAAGUUGCAAAGAUCUACAACGAGGUCCAACAGGAGCGAUCUCUUCAACAAGAAAGCGUGAAAUCGACCUUACGAGCUUUUAGUAAAUUACUGGCUGACAAAGAAGAGGAAGAGCAAGCUUCGAGAAUCAACGAGAAUUCAAAUGGUGUAGAAACCCUUCAGGUUGAUAGAGAUGCUACCGUCAAGCACAUCAAAAAGUUGGAAGCUGAUGUUAAAGUCUUCGAGAAAAAAAUAACGGGCAAGGAAGACGAAAUCAAGGAUUUGAUGGAGAAAGCUACCGAAGUGAAAACCAACCGCGUGGAGAUUCUUCCGCAAACUAAGUACAAUUUCAGCCUAUACACAAACGUGAGCCAUAUCAGGUGGGAUUAUGAGAGUGAUGAAGACCAAGUCAAAGGAUUCAUUGCAAACUUGAAUGACGUGAAACCCUUCUGCUUUAGUAAAAGCGCAAAGUCGAAAUUUGACAUUGUCAAUUCUCUCUGGGAUCUCCUUGAGGCCUGAGGACUGAACUUCAGAUGAUGCAUAUUAAGGGAUUUGACAUUUUUAAUUGGUUUAAGAACAUUUUAGUAAAAGUGAGGAGUUUGAUCAUAAGAAAGCUAUAUUUGAAUGCUUAGUUAAGCUUAUAGUCAAGUGAGACGGUGUGAUAAUGAUGUACACUUGUAGACUGGUUUCAGAGAAAUUUUAGAAUAGUUCACA